AUGGAAGGCCUGUAUGAUGAGGAAGAGUGGGAUGAAGAUGAAGCAACACAGUACAUGAUUGAACAGAGUCUGCUGGAAUAUGGCAAGUGCAGAAAUGAAACAUCUAGUGAGCCUACGCUAGAAUACGUUGACCAUGAAGAAAUUUUUACAGCCAUAUGUGCAGGAAAUGAGGAUGCCUUGCAGAUACUUGUGCAGCACAAGGCAGCCAUGUCCAUGGCAGACAAUAGGGGAUGGAUUCCUCUGCAUCAGGCAGCAGUACAGCAAAAAAGGAGCAUUUUGGAGAUCACUUUUUCAGCAUCUCCUCAGGGGUCGAGUGAAUCCCGCACACUGAAAGGAGAGACUCCUCUGUUUCUUGCCGUUGUGAAUGGUCUCAGAGAGAAUGCUACAUUCCUGCUCCAGAAUGGCUGCAGCCCUGACUGUCAGAAUGAUGACGAGGACUCUGCGUUAGUCGGGGCCAUAAAAAAUAAUCACUACGACUUGGCCUCUCUUCUUCUACGUUAUAAUGCUACAGUGGACCAGAAAGGCAGCCUCCAGAGAACUGCUCUACAUGAAGCGUCUCUGUUGGGCCUAGAGGAUUAUGUGUACCAGCUUCUCCAGGCUGGUGCCAACCCAGAUGCCUGUGAUUCCAAUGAACAUACACCUUUAGGACUCGCUGCACAAGCUGGGCGUUUGAACGUUGUGGAAAUCCUAUUACAGAAAGGAGCCAGCAUAUGGCCAAAGUUUCACUCUGUAGAGUCUGUAUCAGUGCUGUUUGAGGCAGCAGCAUCUGGAAACCCUGAUAUAAUCUCACUGUUGUUGGAGUACGGCGCUGACCCCAACACUCCCACACACACGGGCCAUCUGCCCAUUCACCGUGCUGCUUAUCAAGGCCAUCUGUUAGCAUCGGAACAGCUGAUCCCAGUGACCAAAAAAGAGGCCAUUAAGGAGAGUGGCAUGAGCCCAUUACAUUCAGCCGCUGCAGGUGGACAUUCUCAAUGUCUUGAGCUGCUCUUGAAUGCUGGAUUUGACCCCAACUUCAUGCUCCAUCCGAGGGUGCGCAGGAACUACGAAGAUGAGCGCAAAUCAGCACUUUAUUUUGCUGUGUCAAAUAAUGACGUGCAGUCAGCGAGGUUACUCCUGAAGGCUGGUGCUAUGCCAAACCAGGACCCUGUCAACUGUCUGCAAGUGGCCAUGCGUCUAGGCAACUAUGAACUGAUCAACACAUUGCUGCGCUAUGGAGCAAAUGUAAACUACUACUCGCGUGUAAAUACCACACACUUCCCCUCAGCCCUACAAUAUGCAUUAAAGGAUGACGUGAUGCUCCGGAUGCUGCUAAACCAUGGCUAUGAUGUACAGCGCUGUUUUGACUGUCCCUAUGGCCAGGGAUCUCAUGUUCCUGUGGACUACGAGGGCUGGAGCACUUCUGUGAUAAGAGAUGUAGUGUUCUGUGAAGUGAUAACAGUGUCCUGGCUCAAGCAGUUUGCAGGCCAGGUGGUAAGAAUCUUGCUGGAUUAUGUUGACCAUGUCACCUUCUGCUCCAAACUGAAGAACGUCCUGGCAGAACAGAAGCAGUGGUCAGAAAUAUGCAAGAUUCAAGAAAACACUCGAAGCCUGAAGCAUUUGUGUCGUCUUAAGAUCCGUGAGUGCCUUGGUCGUCUGCGCCUUCGGGCUCCAGUUUUUAUCAGCUUUUUACCUCUGCCAAACACUCUGAAGGACUAUAUCCGGUUCAAAGAGUAUGAUAUUUACAGCAAAGGAACUAUGGAAGAGCUUGAAUAA